GGUGUUCAGGUUUCGCCAAUGUCUUUUUGGCUGCAGACAGGCGACCCACUGUUCCCAGUGGAAGCCCACCCCGCUCGGGGAGGCUGUCGGUGUUGCCGGGGCCGGUAGACCCGGACGUGCUUUCGCCUUCCCCUCUGCUAGAUCCCUCAGGGCCGCCGCUCCCUGCGCGCUGGGUGCCAGGCUGCCACCCUUGGAAGUCUUGCAGCAGACUUUGCUUGUCACUCCACCCCACCCACUGGAACCCGAACCCGGGCCAGAGUGGGCCCUUGUGUCAGUCCUUUCCCCUUGUCCCUUCCGCUCACUGCACAUUUGCUAUUGGUCAUCAUAAAGCAGAACGGCGCUAGAGCAGUAUUGUGCCACUUCAGAAACCGCGAUGCUCCUGACAGCAUAAUUUCUCGCCAUAGAUGAAGGGGCUGCCUGUAUAGCCAAAGAGGUUUCCUCAUCUGUAAGAUGGCGGUAAACCCUGUACCUGUGAGGAUGGAGCUGAGCGUCUAUAGCACGCAGACUUACUCCACGUGCACUGCUUUCUGCUGUUAGGAGGGAGAAUAGAAAGUUUGACGUCAUUGAAAUGCUGCAGAAAAUAUGGAAGAGAGGCACACAGUUCUUGAGGUACCUGGCAGAGAGCACAGUGCAUGUAUGAGGGAGCUGCGCCCGGCAAACGCAAGCUUGAGAACACGGAAAGCCCUUUUUUCUUGGCAGCUCUAACGAUGUCUGACAAAAACCAGAUAACAGCCAGAGUUUCCCUUAUCGAGCAGCUGAUGUCUCAGAGGAAUUUUGAGGAUCUCGGCCAUCACCUCACUGCGCUGGAAACUCUGCAUGUGACUCCAGAGCACCUUCAGGAGACGGAGGUGGUCAGGGCGGUGUACAGAGUCCUCAAAAACUGCCCCACAGCGGCUUUGAAACAGAAAGCCAAGCAUUUGCUGUCAGAAUGGAAAGCACUGUAUAAGUAUACUCUCUGCAAGCCAGAGGGCAGCCCUAAACGAUUUCCUCUGGGUGGAAGUCAAGAAGAAAAUCAAGGCCUUCCUCCUGACCCAAAUCAGGAGGAGGAGGUACAGGGCGGCUCCAGGUGUAAUCCUCUAUUCACAUCCCAAGAUGUGGCAGGAGCCAUUGAAACGAUCGUGCCGGAAGAUAGCUGUGGCAGAGCAGAGCCUAAGGCAGUGCCUCUCAGCACCCAGGACCCUCAGUCCACUGACCUGGCAGCGAGUGGGCAGCCAGACCCUGCAGUGCCCGUGAGAGCCAGAUGCACAGAGCUGCUGUACAAAGCUCUGACUGCUUCCUCCCCAGGCCAGCCCAGAGCCCACGUGUGGCACGACUUGGCACAAGAAAUCGAAGCGCACAUUUUUGCCCUUCACCCCAAGAACCUCCAAAAAUACAAAACAUGCAUCCGCAGCAAAGUGGCCAAUCUGAAGAACCCCCGCAAUUCUCACUUACAGCAGAACUUGCUCUCUGGGACCACGUCUCCGAAGGAAUUUGCUGAAAUGACCGCCAUGGAGAUGGCCAGCCAGGAACUGAAGCAGUUGAGAGCCUCCUAUACAAAAUCUGCCUUACGGGAACAUUACCUGCCCCAAGUGGUGGAGGGCACGCCGACCAGGAAAAUAAAAUGCAAGCGCUGCGAGAAAUUCAACUGCCAGGUCACCAUCAUCCCCAGAGGGACACUCUUCCUUCCAAGUUGGGUGCGGAAUUCAAGCCCAGAUGAAGAAAUGAUGACCUAUGUCAUCUGCAAUGAGUGUGGGGAGCAGUGGUAUCAUAACAAGUGGGUGUGCUUGUGAUUAUAAAUAAAUGUUCUUUUAAGAGCA